GAAGGGUACCCACUCCCCACUGCAGACUGAGUCACCAGCUUUACCUCCAGAUAUGGGGUUUCCCCGGUGGCCUCCUUCCAGUGACCAGCCAGGCUUGAGCUACUUUAAAGUGCAUCAUGCUGCUCCGAGAAAGUAGCUAGAAACUAUUUGGGCAAUGUUUACUGAGGUGGAGAUGUCUCCAAAUCUAAGUGAAGGCAAGACGCAGGAGGGAAUUUUUUGCCCUGUUGAUGUGUUUGAUUUCUUUUCCCCAGGGUAAAGUGACAGUCGGUUCUUCGAGCCCAGUUGUAGCAGCUUCGCUACCACCCCAGCCCCAGGCCAGAGGCACACCCAUUGGCGAGGGGGAAAUCUUCAAGCUACCAGGAAGGCUGAGAAUCCAGCCCUCGCUGUGGAGCAAGGAGGAUGUGAUCCACUGGCUGAGAUGGGCCGAGAAAGAAUAUUCCCUUCGGCAAACGGAUGAAAGCAAGUUUGAGAUGAACGGGAAAGCCCUGUGCAUUCUCACCAAGGAUGACUUCAGAUACAGAGCUCCUAGCUCAGGUGAUGUCUUAUAUGAAUUACUACAGUAUAUCAAAACUCAAAGAAGAGCUCUGGUGUGCAGCCCUUUGCUGAACUCACCCUUCAGGGAGGUCAGGAGCACGGUGGAAGGGGUGGACUGCAGCGCACAGGCUGCCCCAGCCGCUGUUUCUUCCCCCCUGCCCAGCUGCUCGAACAGCGCCAAGCAACCCCUGUCCCCCGGCUGGACCCGCAGCCAUGAGGAGCCACUGAACCUCUCGCAUCCCAGCUCAGAUGGCAGCUGCAGGGCAGAUGCCCUCUGCUCUUUUCCUACACCCCCAUCAGCCCCAGCAGAUGGGAAGAUUGCAGACUGCAGGUUACUGUGGGACUACGUGUACCAGCUCCUCUCUGACAGCCGCUAUGAGCCUUACAUCAAGUGGGAAGACAAGGAAGCCAAGGUCUUCCGGGUCGUUAAUCCCAAUGGACUUGCCCAGCUCUGGGGGAACCACAAGAACCGGAUAAACAUGACAUAUGAAAAGAUGUCACGAGCACUCAGACAUUACUACAAACUCAACAUCAUCAAAAAGGAGCCAGGGCAGAAGCUGUUGUUUAGAUUUCUGAAGACUCCUGGGGAGAUCAUCCAUGAGAAACCCAGCAAACUGGAGCAGCUGGAGAAUGAGGAACAUGAGGAUUUCAAGGAAGACAUAUUGGAGGUCUCGCCGUAGGAAAUCUCUGAGGGUGGCAUUUGCAAUGUAUUGCAGACAGAUUUGUGCUCCACUGUGAAGUGCCAGGGUCUCGCUCUCCCAGCAGAAGGCCACAGAGCGGUGGUCAUGGAUUUUAAAACCUGUCCUGAGCAAAGGCUGUGACAGCUUUGGGGCUUUGUCAGCAAACCUCACACACCUAAAUUAUCCUCCAGUCCAGAAAAUGAAGGUGAAUGUGUGGGUUGGUCUUUUGCUUGCUUCUUUUCCCUCCUCUGUGAGGGAAUGUGGUAUUUUUUGCUUUUUGUGUUUCAAUGCUUGUCUAUAAGGUUCAAGCUUGCUGGUAAGGAUGGCUCCAUUCUUCAAACCAAGCCUGACGAGCAGAGAGCGCUGGAGCACACACUUUGCGUUGAACAUUUACUGAAGCACUUUCACUGAGAGCGGUGGUCCGCAGCAUUCACAUGCUGGUCUGAAACUGAGCCUUUGCCCCCGAUUGGGGAAUGGACUUACAUCACAGAUAUGCUGUACAUUACAAUCUCACGGGCUGCAGCGGAGCUGCUCACAGGAUUGAGGGCGGGAACAUGCUGAAAUAUCUGCCUGCAUCGGGCCCGGUCGGAGAUGUGCAGCUCCAGGCUGCAGGGAGUCUUUAAGCUGGGUCUCAUUUUAACUCCUUUCCAUCCAUAUAAUGCUUUUUAAAAUUAGCUGACUAGAUAAUGUGACAAGGAGCACAAGCCAGUAAUGAAUAUGAUCACACUCAUCAUUAGAGAUGUAGUUAUUUGCUUUGGGUACAAAACACAAAGGGGCACGGUAUUGACUCACAUCCUCCAGGGGAGCAGUUUGGGGUACUCCUGUGAAAUCCAUGGAGCUGGGCUGUGUUUUACACCAUGGGAGGAUGUAGCACAUAUAAUCUUUGCCCUCAGCUUCUGAAUACCCAAAGCAAAGUUCCCAGUGAGCUGAAGUUUACAUAGAGUAUUUGGGCAAAUAGCGGAAACAGCUGGCUUUGUAACCUCAGGUACUGUUAAUAAGUGCUGGAAGGAACAAUGUGCAUGUGUUUUUUUAAAUCUGAAAAAAUCCAUUAAUAUUUUUGGAUUACUUUUUGUUGAGGAAAUAAAAUUCUGAGACUGCACAAUUGAAAA